UUUUAGGCGAAAGAUUGAAAGUUUGGCGAGGAUGAGUAACAUUUCGCAAGAGGACGUUGCGACGGGCCUGCGAACUGUUCAACAAAAUUUAGAGGCGCUUCGUGAUGAACAUGGCACUGUGUGUACCACACUUGAAAGCAGCUUGAAAGGAAUAAGCGAAGAUGAAGCGCCGAUGCCUCGCGAAAAGCAUCACCAGACCUCCGAUAACGUUACGAGUAUCUCAAAUGGGCUAGAAGAAGUUACAAUGAUGACGUCGACCAUGUCUCAUUUGAACAACCUCGAAGCUGAGAAGCAGAAAUAUCAGCCUGAUGAAAAAGAUCGGAAUACCAUGGAAACGAAAAACGUCAAAGGUGCAGAGGACAUACCUUUAAAGAAGUCGUUUUCGGAAUCCAUGAUAGUCAAGGAAAAGGUUACUUACAAGGAAAAGAUACUUGGUGACCGUGGCCUUUUGAAUUGA